ACAUGCUCCAUGCUAGGAGGCUGUGGGCGCUUUGAUACUGCUUCUUUCUCUUCUACAGUCACUGCUCUCGCAUUUCCAACCCUUGACCUUCUGCUCUAUCAAGUGCAAGAGCGUGCUUGGGGUCAGGAAUCGCUAUGCCUUCCACUUUUCAGUUGACAUGGGGCAAGCCAAGGAUGGCGACGCGCAUCUCAAUGACCGUAACAUUGACCCUGGUUAUCGCGAUCGUACUCCGACCCGUUCAAGCACAAGCACCUGUGAACGACAUCGUCUCUUGGCCAUCUGGUGUCCUGCUCCUCGCGAGCGUGCUUUAUGCUGCUCUGGGCACGGUUCCAGAGCGGCUAUGGGAGAUGGAUCCAUCGAUAGGAUGGUUCCUCUGGUCAGGUCUUCCAAAAAUAUCCAUUCCGACCAUGCAACGCGUAAACUGGGUCUCCAAAGCCUGUCACUUCGUCCCAGGCAUACGCACUGCGUAUGGCAAAUCCAAUUUCUGGAUCCGUGCUGAGGAAGUGUCCGAUUUGGCUCGUGCUGAAGCACUUCGAAAAACGCUGGCCGUUGUUCAUCCCGUCGUACACGGCCCGUCAGAAGACCCAAUUGACGAUACCCUCUGGAGAGUGACCUCAAUUGGACUUGUCACCCCUGCGCCCAUCGUCCCCCUCUCCCCAUCGAUCAAACCUGUAACUCAUCAGUCUCCCUCCGCUAGGGACUUCCUCCUCUUCGCCGCCGCUGACUACCACGUCUUUCGUAAUUGGGAGGUCCGAAUCAUGUCCCACAAUAUCGUCGUGUUCUCAACGAAAUCUAUGCCCGCGAGCUCCAUCGUUGACGUGGACACCGAGGAAGUGGCGUUAUAUGUUGUAGCCGCUCACAUGGUUCGACGACCGCACUCACAGAGCCCCAUUCGUGCGCUCGCUCAACAUCAUGGAGAUGAAGAGCUGGACCCAUGGACCCUUUCUCUUGACAACGUCGACAUGGAAGCUCCGGCUUGCUCCAUCGACUUUCAUUCGUACUCGCCCGAGGCAUCCAAAGCCUCCGCGUCACUACGUGAGCUCGCUGGCGCAUACUACCGGGUCGUGCAAUACAUCAGACGCUCUACCGGUACGCCGGAAUGGCCCAUCACAGGCGAACUUGCCACCAUAAGCGUCGGGCAAACGCUCUGGAUUUCAUUCCUUGGUGGCGCUCUCCUCGAUCAUGGGCGACUCACAAUCCAGAACUUACCAGGACGACGGGGGAUGAGAAACGUGUCGGCGGACGAAGGGUACCUGAAUCGUAUAGAGGCAGUACUGCAAGCCAUUGAACCAUACGCGAACAAACCCGAAUUCUUCGACCUUGUAUUUAGUGGCGGGUCGAACAGACGAGCCUCGUACCCCUUCCUCAUCGCUGGCCUGGUCGGGCAGGUCAUCAUCUGCUACUUCCUCUCCGUCGGUACCUCAGCCGGCGUAUGGACCAGCGUCGCACUCGCCAACUCUCUCUACGUCGGCCGUCUCACCGACCUACAUAGCGUCUUCAACGGCAAGACCGCAGAUACUGAAGAGCCAGGCUUGAAAAUGUACCUCCCAGGUUCGCCAUCCAAAGAACUCAUGGUCAUAGCCACCUUCAACCGAUCCACCCCACGUCAGGGCACCCUCCGUCCUGGUGUGCUCCUCAACGCCUUCGGACUCGUCGCAGCCGUCUUCGGUGCGAUAUUCCAGUCCCAAACCCGCACCGCGCUCGACUUCAGUUCCUUCACGGCCACGCCAGACUGGGUGGUCUACACCUCCGCCGCACUCGCCGUCGGCACCUCUUUGCUCAUCCUCACGACGAUCGUCCUACAGCAGACCUCCGAACAAACCUGGAACGAUGGUAGCGAGAUGCCGACGAGAUGGAUGAUCUAUUCGACGUUACCAGUUUCGUGCGUGAUGUCCGGUCUGGCCGUGUUUUUCAUGAGGUGCAAGAUAACGAGGUUCUGGCCGGUCCUCGAUGCGUUGACGUUCCUCUCGGGCGUGCCAUUGGGGAUGUUGGAAAAUGGGAGGAUAUUUGCGGCGGACGCGAAUAUGCUGCACCUCGUGUUGCUGAACCGGUGGAUCAUGGGCGCGGUGGCGAGCUCUGUGGGGAGCAACGAGGGAAAUACACUGGGUGUUUGUUUUUGAAGGUCUCUUUCUUGUUCUUUUCUUCUGGGGGAUUGAGAAGGCCGGGCCUGACGACUGAUUCACGGAGAAGCAAUCAGAAAGAUGUUUAUCGUGUCCGAU